AUGGAGCCGGCGGUGCUGGCAUCGCACAACCUCCCGCACCACGAGCCAAUCAGCUUCGGCAUCGAUCAGAUCCUGAGCUGCCCGGAACCCCCCGGGAGCGGCCUAGGCCUGGGUCGCGCCGGCCAGGGCCAUGGGGAGAGUGCGGCGUUCUCGGGUGGAUUUCACGGAGCCUCAAGCUACGGCCCCGCGGGCUCGCUGGCUCCGCUACCAGGCAGCUCUGGUGUGGGCCCGGGAGGCGUGAUCCGCGUCCCAGCGCACCGCCCGCUGCCAGUGCAGCCGCCCGCGGGAGGCGCGCCUGCGGUUCCUGGACCCUCGGGCUUGGGCGGCGCCGGGGGCCUAGCGGGACUCACCUUCCCUUGGAUGGACAGCGGCCGCCGCUAUGCCAAGGACCGGCUCACGGCCGCGCUUUCGCCCUUCUCCGGGACGCGCCGUAUAGGUCACCCCUACCAAAACCGGACGCCCCCAAAGCGGAAGAAGCCGCGCACGUCCUUCUCCCGCUCGCAGGUGCUGGAGCUGGAGCGGCGCUUCCUGCGCCAGAAGUACCUGGCCUCGGCCGAGAGGGCGGCGCUGGCCAAGGCCCUGCGCAUGACUGACGCGCAGGUCAAGACGUGGUUCCAGAACCGGCGCACCAAGUGGCGGCGCCAGACGGCCGAGGAGCGCGAGGCGGAGCGGCACCGCGCGGGCCGGCUGCUUCUGCACCUGCAGCAGGACGCGCUACCGCGACCGCUGCGGCCGCCGCUGCCCCCGGACCCGCUCUGCCUGCACAACUCGUCGCUCUUCGCGCUGCAGAACCUGCAGCCCUGGGCCGAGGACAACAAGGUGGCUUCCGUGUCCGGGCUCGCCUCGGUGGUGUGA